AUGGCAAAGGUAUCGAAGCUAUGGCAUGUCUUCAAGUUGGCGCCGAGAUCGGAUAACUUCCGAGUGCUGGACGAAUUGCACACGCAAUACGGGGAUUACGUUCGCACAGGGCCCAGUGAAAUAUCGAUCUCUGAUCCCGAUGCCAUUCAGGUCCUUCUUGGCCCUGGCUCGAAGUGCACCAAAGCCCCGUGGUACGAUGCCAACUACCCCGUUAUUUCUCUGCAUACUCUUCGUGACAAGAAAGCCCACGAUGUAAGACGCCGCAUUUGGGAUCGCGGUUUUGGAGCUAAAGCCCUUCGAGAUUAUGAGGAUCGAGUUUUUCAGUAUAGCAAAGAUUUGGAGCGACAGAUUAAAAGUCGUUCAGAUCAAGUCAUAAAUGCCACAGAAUGGUUUCACUUUUACAGCUUUGAUGUCAUGGCCGACAUCGCAUUCGGUAAAUCCUUUGAGAUGAUACAGACCGGCAAGCCACACUUCGCAUUUGAUCUCCUUCGCGAAGGCAUGAGACCGCUUGGUGUGCUUGGCCCUGUACCCUGGGCUUUCUGCGUCUUGACGAGCAUUCCCGGACUUGGUGGUGGCUUCAAAAUGUUCGUCAAUUGGUGCACGGAGCAGGUCGAGAAAAGGAAAAAGAUACACCGAGACGUUCCAGACGUCAUGUCUUGGCUUAUUGAGUCGAGCGAGAAACGUGCGCAAAGCGGAAUCAAACAAGCGGGUGAAGAGCAGGCUCUUCUACACAGUGACUCUCGGCUGAUUAUUGUAGCUGGAAGUGACACCACUGCGUCGACACUAACAUACACCUUUUAUCUACUGGCUCAAAACGCCGCACAUCAGCAUAAGCUGAGAGACGAGCUGGCGGCGAUCGUCGAGGAAGAUGGAUCAUUUUCGUUCAAGGCUCUUCAAAACGCGGAUCACCUGAACGGGGUCAUCAAUGAAGCUUUGCGUCUUUAUCCCGCCGUUCCUUCAGGCUUACCCAGAUUGACCCCUCCGGAGGGUCUUACAAUCAGGGACACUUUUAUUCCUGGCAAUACGACGGUUGUGGCACCUUUCUAUACGAUGGGACGCCUCGAGAGCUGCUACGAGAAUGCUGCUGAGUUCAUCCCGGAACGCUGGUACUCUAAACCAGAACUGGUGAAAAACAAAAAAGCAUUUGCUCCCUUCUCCACAGGGCCAUUUUCAUGUGUGGGCAAACAGUUAGCACUGAUGGAGUUGCGUAUGGUUGUGGCUCUCUUGGUAUCCAAGUUCAGCGUCCAAUUUGCACCAGGAGAAGAUGGGAAGAGGCUGCUGGACAACUCCAAGGAUUUCUUCACAAUAUCCAUCGCUGAGUUGAACCUUGUAUUUUCUCCGAUGGAGAGAUGA